AUGGAAAGCAAGGAAAACAGGAUGCCUAAAACUUCUGUGUGGAAAAGUCGUGUCGGGACGCAGUUAUUACUCGGCAAAAUUGUUGAAAUCACGCAGAUCGGAAUUGAUCGGAUACCAUGCGCUCAGGUUUCUUCUUUCGAUUUUCCUUGUCUAUAUAGUGACGUUUACAGGUCCGUUGCCAAAUGAGCGAGUUCAACAUUUAUUUGAAAAAAUAUUUCGCCAGAUCUUUCGAUUUUUGGGCCCUUGAUAAGUUGGUUUUAGUUUAUGGACAAAAUAAAAAGUACGGUUAUUUUUUUCAACUAAAAAAAAAACUUCAAAUUUUCCUUCUAUGUCAUCUUGUUUUUAACUGGCGCGAAAUCACAUUAUUAUCUCAUUUCAUCACGUCGACUAGUCGGUCUCAUUGCCGCUCUCUCAUGGGAUAAUAUUCGGACAACCGUCGGCCCUGGACAAGCUGGGCGCUGUACUGUUCCAACAUGGUGAAGCAGUUUAUUCGCUGGUACUAACAACGGGCACGCAUUAUUUCUCAACUCUGGCUGUCAAGUCGGGAGAAGCUAAGGAAAAGUUUAUCGGACAACUAUUUUGAACCGUAACCCGCGCCGACGACUAACUCUUUGAUUAUACCAUGAUUCAGCAGAGAUUUUCUACAUCUUACUCUGAAGACUGAAUAAAUUGUAAAUUGUAAUUGAAAUCACAUUACUGUCUUAACUAUUAUAUUUUCAUAAUAUGUAUAAAUUAGAAAAAAAAUUUCCCAAUACACGAUUCCAAUAGAAAAAAACUUCUAGGAGCUCGUUGAGUGGAUUGGGCGACACAGUCCUCAUUAAGCGGAUCGAAGGAGCCGUUCGCCCGAAAGCCGAUGUCUCUCAUGUCGUCGACCGAGUUGUUUUCCGUUUUGGUUCGCUUUAAUUCGUAUGAAAAUGAUAUUUUUGAAAAGCCAACAUUCAAUAACCAGUUUUGUUUUUCAUUUAGGAAAUGUCAUAGAUCCGGUUACCGGAAGGAAAGUCUUGAAGGACGAAUUCCUCGACGAAACUGAGCUGAAGAAACACUUGAUUCACGAUAUUGUUGACAAGCCUCUUCAGGAGGUUGGAGAUUUGCCUACUUUAUUUUUCAACCAAAGUCUCAGGAUUCUCUGUUGUUCGAAGAACGACGAGCGCUGCAGUUGAGACAUUUGGAAGAACGGAAAAGCUCUUCUUCUUAG